UGUAAAUAUUAAUUAAAAUUAAAUGCAUAUAUAUCAUGUUAUGAGUUGGAAACGCAAAGACGAUUGAAUUCUGCCUUUGUCUUAAUUUGCCAACACUUUUUUUAUUGUAACUGUUUUCACUUCCCCCACCCACAAUCUAAAAAAAAAAAACUCCUCUUUCUCUCUCUUUCCUUCCUUUACCAGUUACCCAUAUAUAUGGACACUAAGUGAAGACCACAUUCUCACUCCACACUUCGCUUAAUUCCUCACUCUUCUACUCUCUCUCUCUCUCUUCAGGGCUCAUGGUUUUUGAGAAAAAGAUGGAAGCUUUACAGGAAGAAUUCAAUCUUGAUCAACGGGCUGCUGCGAUCAUCAAAGGGAAGAGGACGAAACGGCCGAGGCAAUCCUCACCCUUGGUUGCUGCCACUUCGACUUCUUCUACCACUUCCGGUGAGAUCUCCAUGAUGACUUCGUCGGAGGAGGACGAAGACAUGGCUAAUUGCCUAAUUCUUCUUGCUCAAGGAAUCCGGUCGCCGGCGGCUGAUCAAAACAGAGUCGACGAACAGGGGGAUCUAGACUGUGACAACAGGAAGAAGGAUAAUAAUAAUAAUAGUGUUGUUGUUUCCGAUGCGUACGAAUGUAAAACCUGCAACAGGACUUUCCCUUCUUUCCAAGCCCUUGGAGGUCACAGGGCAAGUCACAAGAAACCGAAGAUCAUGAUCACACAGGAAAAACAGAGUCUUACUACCGAUCAUGGUCAUGGUCAUGGUCAUGAUCAUGAUAAGGUAAUUGAAAUCAUCGACGGAGGAGGAGGAGGAGGAGGAGAGAAAGAGAUUCAUGAAGCUUUAAAGGUGAGGUUAAUUAGCAAGAUCAGCAAUACCCAAUCCAACAAGGUUCACGAGUGUUCAAUCUGCGGGGCAGAGUUUUCUUCCGGGCAGGCGUUAGGCGGUCACAUGAGGCGGCACAGGUCGCCGCCGGCGACGGCGACGGCCACGGCCACUCUGGGUCCUUCUGGAAGCGGAGGGAGAUCAAUAAACGAAGAAGAGGAUGAUGAAAAGAAGAAGAAGAAUAAGAAGAGCAGAAAUCUGUUGGAGCUGGAUCUGAAUUUGCCGGCGCCGGUUGAAGAUGAUAAGUUUCAAUAUAUUUCACCAAAGAUGGUGUUUUCCGGUCCUAGUUUGGUGGGUUGUCAUUACUGAGUUUUGAAUUACUUACUAUUAUAUAUCUUUGUUAAUUUUCAAGGCACAAUUAUAAUAUGUAAUUUACAUAAAUAUAUUAA